AAUAGCUUGAUAGCUACGGCAGCUACUGGGAAGAACGGGAAUGAAUUAGUUCCUUAAUAUAAUUAAUCAUUUUUACACUGCAAUACGCUUUUUUCAUUUUUUUGUGUGCUAUGUUAAUAAAUCACCACAGUGCCAUAAUGUUGUCAGCUUUAAGAGUGAUGGAAUCAGUACCAUACCCUUAACGAGAGUAUUGAUCAGCCUCAUACUGACGCAGGUUACACUGGAACAGUGACUUCCCUUUCAGCAGGAUGUUGAUAAUCUUCCCGUACCCUCCUCUCCCUUUCUGUGCCUUUGGAAAUAUUAAGAAGACUAAGGUAGUUCUUGGUGUUACACACAGGUAGCUGUUAGCAGUGUGCAGCAUUUACUAAACAUCAUAGCAGCAAAGGACCUGGGAGAAGGCCGAUUGAAUGAAGCAGGCUUGUAUUUCACCGGGCCUGCUAGAAUGGGCCAGUGCUGUUGCAAGCUGCACUACUGCUUUGAUUGUCUGGACAAGAGGAAUGAAAGUGCCCUUAUCAAAGAGAAAGAACUUUCCAUUGAGCUUGCUCAUAUCAGGGACGAAGUAGCCUUUAAUACAGCACGAUGUGAAAAGCUGCAAAAGGAGAAGCAAGGGCUGGAUAGGAAGUUUGAGAUUGAAGUACAGAGGCUUCAACUGCAACAGCAAGCAGAGAUCCGGGACCUUGAAGAGAGGUUGAAGGCUCAUUUCACUGCAGAAAAAGAGCACCUCAUUGAGGAACAUGCAGUGUAUUUCAAGAACACCCAGUCUCAGCACAAGGAACAGAUUGAAGACAUGACAGCUAUCCAUACUAGUACAAUCACAGAACUGGAGAAUAAUCACACUGUUGCAAUAACUAUUCUUCAAGACGAACAUGAAAAGAAACUUGAAGAACUAAAAACCAUCCAUGAACUUGAGAGGAUAACUUUAGAAGAACAAUUUGAAAAACUAAGACUUUCUCUUCAGGAUCAAGUCGACACAUUAAUAUUUCAGAAUCGUUCACUGAAGGACAAAGCAAAACGAUUUGAAGAGGCCUUAAAAAAAUCUACAGAUGAGCAAGUUGAGAUUGCCUUGGCACCUUACCAGCAUUUAGAGGAAGACAUGAACAGUUUAAAACAUAUUCUUGAAAUGAAAAAUCAACAAAUCCAUCACCAAGAAAAGAAAAUUAUGCAAUUGGAAAAACUGUCUGAGAAGAACGUGGUAUUAGAAGAAAAGGUUCAAGUACUUCAACAACAGAAUGAAGACCUGAAAGUCAGGAUUGAUAAUAAUGCUGUCUUAACAAGACAACUCUCUGAAGAAAAUGCAACGCUUCACAACUAUGUUGAGAAGGAAAGCAAGGAAAAGAAACGGCUUAGCAGAACGAAUGAGGAGCUGGUCUGGAGACUCCAGACUGGUGAGCCCGUCAGUCCCAUCAAAAUGUCCCCCUCGACUUCCAACUUCCAGUCUUCUCAGGGCACACUCCCACCUCCAGCAGUGAGCACCAACCCAAGAUGAUGAAAAAGGAUCAGAAUGAAAAUAUGUGGGCCAUCGUUAUCCCUGUUAUGUCUGAAGCUCAGCUCUAACUGCUGAAUAUAGUGCUUGGUUCUGCUCAAAGAGAAGCCACCAUUUGUACUUUGAGCAUGCUUGUUAGCAGAUAACAAUAAGCAAAAGGGAUUGCUUUUAAAUCUCCGGUCAGUCUUGCUGAUGUGGUUCACUGACCCAAAUUCUAGUAAAGUUAUACCCUGGGGAGUUCGUUCUCAAAAAGCUCUUCCAAAACAGUCCCGGGCCUACUGUUAAUGAUUCUUAUUGACCAGGUAUGCAAAAAUCAAAAGAUUUUCCUUGAUCAUAUGGGCUUUCAAAACAUUUGUACCUAUGUCCAAAUUUAUCUUUUAGUAUUCCCUUCAGUAAUACAUUUUAAAUAAUUCAGGAUUUUGCUUCUUGCUGUGAGUGUUUAAACAAAUGUGCAGAAUUAUAUAUUUUUACACAAUUGUCAAAAUAUUUUGGCUGGUUGCCUCUUUUAAAAUAUGUCCCAAACAGACUGUGGUGAUCCCUGAGUAAAUUCCCAUUAUAGUGGGUGAAGGAAGAAGGUUGUCCUGCAGUCUACUCUCACUUGGUAGUGCUGCUGAUCACUGAGGUGCACAUCAGUGGCUUGAGAUGGAACUCUACGGCCUUCAACGCUGCAGCAGCUUUGAAAGGUACACCUCAAAAGUUGCAAAUUAAUUUUGCAACGUGCUCAUUGUUAAGCAAAGAAUCAGUUAUUGUAUAGAAAAAUGUUUGUGUUUCGUAAGCUAAGACCUAUAUCUGCUGUUGGUAUUUUCCUACUGUCCUGAAACAUUGAUCAAGGAAGCAAAUGCACUGCUUGCUGCAAGGCUCCUACUUCCCUUGAAUAUACCGAAAUGAAAACUCUGCAGAUGAUGAGACAAAGGCUCAAAAUGGCUCAAAAUGUACUUAAAACCUCAAGUAAUGAGCAUUUAGCAUUAAUAGGGUGAUUUCACGAAAGGUCACUGGAUCAUAGAUCCUCACCCACGUGACCGCAAAAUUUAACUGGGGUACCAACGUCACUUCCGGUACAUGUUAUUGAUGCUAGAAACGCGAACUUUCAAACCUGUUAAAAACCGCGAAAACGGCCCGUUUUUGAGCUGUAAAUAACUGUGCCAGUCGGGGUGACCGUGAGGCACAGUUAUCUUACUUUACAGUCCAGAAGAUAAAGAAAAACAAAGGUAAAGACAAGAGAGCGCUGAAGGGGCAACAACAGCGGAAGUGUUUAGCAAACAUUGGCCGUGGAGAUAUAAAGAUAGAAAAUAUCGGGAAUUAUCGCGUUUGCUCGCUGCAUUUAAUCAAAAGUAAGGCAUUAUGUUUUAUCUUUAUUAAUGUGUCAUAUAAAAUGUUUUAAAAGUGAAAAAUCCAUCAUUAAAAUUGCAAAAUCGCCCAUGGUUCUCAGGUGGGUUUUAACAUGCAAAAAGAAAAUGCUUCUGAAGCUACAUUUACCAUUUAAAUAAUUGUAAACCAUAAAUGCGUUUUGAAAUGAAUUUUACUCAGAUGCAAGCAAAGGAAUGGGAUAAUUGUCAGCUGUUAAUUAGAUAAUAAUAAUAAAAUGUCCUGAUUUUGACCCCGACUGGCAGUUAUUUACAGCUCAAAAACGGGCCGUUUUCGCGGUUUUUAACGGGUGUGAAAGUUCGCGUUUCUAGCAUCAAUAACAUGUACCGGAAGUGACGUUUGUACUCCAGUUAAAUUUUGCGUCCACGUGGGUGAGGAUCCAGUGACCUUUCGUGAAAUCACCCUAUAAACAGAAUGCCAGGAGACAAUUCUUCCUGAAGGAUCACUGAAGCAAAACCAUUGAUACAAUCUGAAAAUUGAUGCCUCUUGCUUGUGCAGAUUGUAUUGCAGACUUAAUUCUAAGGAACUGUCAGUGUGAACUAAAAUAAAUAUUUUUGCUACAUCUUCACAAAAUGUCAGCAUAUUUUCUAAAAGGUCAAGAAAGAAAUCUGUAACAUUUAAACAGCAGCUGGGGCUGAACUAGAGUAAAUCAGUGACAACAGCAGCUGUGGAUGUGGAAGAGAUGAAAUCUAAAAGAGCCUCAGAGAUAGAAAAUCAGCCUGCACUUAGUUUUAAGCUAAUGCAUUAAAAUUCUAAAAGCAAAACUGUAGUCGUAUUACAGGUUUGGGAAACAAUAACAGAUGAGAAAUGGAUUUGUUAAAUGAAACAACCAAAAAAUAAUAACAAAAUAAUUAAAUCAGAAUUAGCUACUCCUUGAAAUUAGUUGAGGAUUCUUGUCCAGUCCCUAUAAAUUGGAAAAUUGUACCAAAGCAUAUUACAAAAGGUAAUAAAUAUAUUUACAAUACAAUUAUAAUUUUGUGGGGCAUUUUACAGAAAUAUCAAUACAGUUUAUGUUUUACAGUCAAUUGAUAGCUUUGCAAAUUGAAAACGGAAUUUGGGCCACACAGGCUGUCAAGAGAGCAGUGGGUGCAGCCAUACAGUGCAUCUCCAAAUUGAUACUGUAAUUUGUCAAGGAGGAAUAUUUAAUGAAAAUUUUAAGUUGGAAUCACAGGGAACUGCAAUUCAGAUGCAGUGAGUUAUUAUGUUCACUUUCAUUAAAUGAUUCAAUUUAGAAAGCUAGAAAGACGCUGUGGCAUUAUUCUAACCAUUUUGGUUUACUCUACCAGAUUCAUCCUUAACUGAACUCAUACUGAGGCUACCUUGGUGAAUUUUGUCAGUGCCUUUGCAGUCAUACAGUGCUAGAUAAUUACCUUCACUGGUGGGCUGGAGUACUUAAUGCUGAUUGCGGAUUACACAUACAGAAUGUGUAAUGUGAGAAGCAGAUAUUCCUUCUCUCCAGAGGUGCUGUCUGUCCCGUUGAGUUACUCCAGCAUUUUGUGUCUAUCUUCAGUUUAAACCAGCAUCUGCAGUUCCUUCCUACACAAUCUAUCAGAUAAAUCACUUCCAGAGGCACCACUUCUGAGACUUUGUCCAAACCACAAUAUUAACAACCAAACCACAAUUUUAACAACAUUUUACUAAUACUUAAAAUGGGGGAAAAGCUACAAAAUAAUUCUUAGUUUAGAAAAUUCAAGCUUUCCUGUUAUUGGAGAAGAUUGCUGCUAAAAUAAUUUAAGUGUCCCUUAGAUUUAGGAUAAAGUCUUAAGUAUGAUCAAAUAGAAGGAAUUUUGCUUUGUAUGCAAGAAUGCUAUAUAUAAGCUGGGAAUGUUCAGUAGAUCAAAUCAUAAUGUAAUGAAAAGGGAGCCACGGUAUGUUAUAGGUUUUGUACCAUCUGCAAAGCACUAACAGGUUUAAUUAAAUUUAUUGGUGAAAAUGGCAUUAGAUGAGGGCUCAUGAUUGCUCACAUUUGCACUACUAGUUACUUCUGACCCUUGAUCAUCCCACAUUUUGCAAUCGUAUCUCCAUGACACUCCAUGUAUACAGGAUAUUGCCCUGUUCUGGCUCCUUGUUACUGGCCGCUUUUUAUGCAUUUGGUCUGCAGCUGCCGCAAAGAGUUCCUUUAAUAUCAUCCUUCCCUUUGAUCAGCACAGAGACAGCAAGUACAGAGAAUCUAAUACAUAUGUAAACUGAUGGAUCUCUAUUAAUGGACACAAAAUGCUGGAGUAACUCAUCUCGACAGCCAACAUCUCUAGAAAGAAGGAAUGGGCGACGUUUCAGGUCAAGACCCUUCUUUAAGCUGACCUCUUAAUAUAGUUUUGACAAAUUUAACAUGGUUGAUCCAGUUCAAUUCAAUGUUAGCACCAGGUCUGGUAGAUGUGUGGUGCACAGAAGCAAGUGAAUUGUUCCAUGCAUUUCUUCCAUUAACAAUGAUUCCAAGGAUAGGAAAUGGAUUACUUUAACCUUAAUACAAAAUAUCCACCAACAAAACUCUAAAAACUUGAUCUUUUGUUUUCAUGAAACAAUAAGGGCUUCUGCAGGGAGAGAGGUAAACAACUGAGAGGUCCUGUUUUUUGUUGUUGUUGAUGAGAUGGUUCCAAAUUUGGCUGCAGGUGCCAACUCGGCUGUAAGGCUACAAGGCCAUAUGUGGAUGCUGAAAAGAUUGGAGGGGGGGGGGGGGGGGGGGGCAAGAGAGAGGCAAGUGGUAUAAGCAGCCCAUCACCCCUCUAACACUGGAGAAGUGCAGGAUGGUAGUUAAUGUGUCUUGAAGAGAAGUUAGUGGCCAAUGAAGGACCGAAGUUUAGAUAUCAAGCAUCCAAUUCAGCAUGGCAUUCACAACACAGGGAAUGUCUCCAUACACUCACGUCAUCCUCACCAUUAGCACUACAUGCAGAUGGUCAUUCUUAGCAGAACUGACGUCAAUGGAAACAUUGUGCCCUGCAAACCCGUGACAGAAUUCUCCAGUCUCUACAGCUGGGAUGCUUGCCAGAACAUCACAGGUUGCAUCAGCUCCAGAAAUACCGUGUUUGUCAAUGGCCUUCGAGGUGCAGGAUGCUUGUCUAUCUGCAUAAACUUCACUGCUGUUUUGUUUCAUCAUGUUAUCUCCUGGGCCCGAUGUAUCACAAGGAUUAAGAGGGUCAGCUGUGGUCGCUACCUCUCCCUUGUGCUCCAUGGUACUACUGCUGCAGAAAGGAGACCCUAGUGAGAAUAAUGGCAUAUGUUGAAUAUGUGGGGGUCAGUAAACAAUGGUUACACUGUAGGAAGUUGAAGAUGGAUGUUAGAAGUGGCUGGAUUACUGUAGGCAAGGAAGGAUUUGUAAAACAAGCUAGUGCUAGGAAUGGAUCUUUUGGAGUAGACUCGAGGGAACACAUUCACAUGCUCGACUAAGGUGGAGACCAGAAUGUUGGUGAAUCUUGCAGCCACAAAAGGCAGGAACAAGGUUCCACUUUACUGCUGCUCCAUUUCUACAGCACUUCCUCCAUUCGCAACCCUAUUAGAACCUUAGUGAGCUUUCCAAUACCAUCCCAUCAUAUAAUAUCGAAAACAUGCUAUAACAUAGUGGUGUGAAACUGGGUGGUAGGCAUUGGCAGUUCAUUGAGAAAAAAAGUCACCUCAGAAGUUACAAUUCAGUCUUAGAAGUGGCAGUUUGACAGACUUUAAUACCCUCUUAAGACCAGAAUUGCUAAAACCAAUUAGAUGGCUACAGUAUACGUCAAGGUGUGAACCCUUAACUCAACCCAAUUACUGCUUUACCUUAAGCAUCUGUGGAUAUCGGGUACUCCAACACUGGAAAUGUAAGCAUCUAUCGAGUCAUCUGGGACCACAAACGUGCUUUCAUUACAAACAGCUGUUCUAUGACAGGUUUUAUUGAUGCAGCAACAGUGCAUUGUGCAUAUCCUAACCACAGGAGAUCAGAAACAAUGUUAUUAUUUAUAUGCAAAUUAAACUCAUUUCUGGGCAAUUUCAAUAGUUAUUUCUAUUACUUGAAGUGCAGAUCUGAUGAGUAUCUGUAAAAAGUGUACAGAGUAAUAAAAAUCAGGUAUUUAUAAUGUCCACACUAAUUGGGUCUAUGUCCUGUGGACACACAAAAUUGAAGUUUGAUAUGUAGAAUAAGCCUAGUGUAAUUUAGUUCUAGUCGUUAAUGAUCUGUGAAUUGUAUUUAUUUCUGCCAAUUGACCAGGAUUGUGUGAGAAUUUAGUGUAAUACAGCACUGUAUUAUGUAUGUAUACAUACAUGUUCCUACACAAUAAAAGAUGGACGCAUGCAAGUAGCUUAAUAAAUUGUAUUCAAUUUGUUAAUUUAUAGACAUGAAGUAACUGUUUUUUUUUUAAUAUAGCUCAAAGUCUUAGAUAACUUUGGAAAGCAAAAGAUGUCAUAAUGCUUUCACAUUGUGUGAAUUAAUUAAAAUAGGUUGUUCUCAAAAACAAUUUGAGCAGUGUAUUAAAAAAAAGGAAUAACUGGUCAGUUACAAAUUCUAUCUUUACAGGACCAGUGUAUCUUUUCUCCAGCCAGUCAGCUCAGAAGCCAUCCACAUGGUGACAAUGGAUAUCCCCUGACUAAACAUACACCAGCAGGUCUACACAUUUCCCUUUCAUCUUAAAGAAAAAGCAUUGCAUGUACAGUGAAACUUCAUAAUCCACUAUACAAUUGUUUGGAAAUGCUGAUGGUUCAAUAUCUGGUUUACCAGGCCCCAGUUCCUGCAUCCCAUUAAAACACUGCAGCCCAGGUUCUUAAAUUUCCUCCAGUUAUUCCUUUUUCAUACAUUAACUCGAGAUUGUUUUUAUCCUUCUGUGUAAUAUCUAAAACAUGUGUUGGAGUAUUAUUUGAAAUAAUAUCUAAUAGUAAAGAAAAUCUGUCAGUCCAGCACCAGUCCCAUUGCUGGAGUUUUAGUGUAGUUCAGAAAACAAUCCAAUAAUGCGUUCAAAGAGAAAUAAGCCUUUGCAGUAAAUUAGAGUUAUAAUCAAGUUUUAAGAAUGUAUUUUGGUUAUUUGUCAUCAAUUGGAACACCUUUACCAGAUAAUUUUCCAUGUGUAAAUAAUGCAGAGUACACAAAUGGCCAAAUUAAAAUGCCAUUUAAAAAAGCUGUUUAUUUACAAUAUGCAAGAACAGAAAAGUCAGAAACAAAAUCGCCAAAACAAUCCAUUUGUUACAGAUGAAUGCAAAAAACAUAUUUAGUAUAUAGAAUGUAAAUAGCAAGUAUUCUGCAGAAUGAUUUAAAAAAAAGUAUUUUAAUACCCGUGAAGAACAGCAAAUUGCGCCAGACAAUAAUUUACUGAAAGGCAAAACAAAAAUCUUACAAUUUAGUUUUUUUUU